CCCCUGUAGGUGCAUCUAAGCCAGGUGCAUAGAGUGGGGUCCUAUAUUUAUAAAGCGAAUGCGCCGGCGUAGGUUGCCGGGAGUGUGUUGUGUCGUUGUGCACCUCAGAUACGAAUAUGCGGACGUUCUUGGUGCUAGCGUGCGUGAGCGCAGCAGUGGCGGUGGCGGUGCCGGUAGAAUAUGGCGGGUACUUCGCGCAUGCGCCUGUGGUGCACGCGGCCCCGGUGGUACACGCGGCCCCCGUGAUACAUGCAGCCCCCGUGGUCCAUGCUGCCCCGGUCGUUCAUGCUGUGCAUGCUGAGCCUGUUGCUUAUCCAAAGUACGCGUUUAACUACGGCGUAAAGGACCCACACACCGGUGACAUCAAAUCGCAGCAAGAGGAGCGUGAUGGUGACGUCGUUAAAGGAAGCUACUCUCUAGUGGAGCCCGAUGGUUCAACAAGGACGGUGGCGUAUUCCGCGGAUGACCACACUGGCUUCAAUGCUGUUGUUCACAAAUCUGGGCAUGCCGUCCACCCGCAACAAGUAGCGGUUGCGCAUGCGGCUCCAGUACAUUACGCUGCUGCUCCCAUCGCAGUGGCAUCCUACGGUCACGGCUACGGACUACACUAACCACAUAAAUCUAAAAUCUUGACAAAAUAUCUUGAUCACUCUGAAGUUAGAGCGAGAUGAGAAUAUACUCCAAUACAAGGAGUGAUAAAGACAAUGAUAUUCUAGUACUUCAGCCAGGUCAAGUUAUUUUGUUCGUAUUAUACUUAUUGUUUACGCCACAAAUACUCUACUAGAUGUUACGUUUUACCUUAUUUUAAUGUUAAGGGUGGGUGUUAUGGUAUGCGCGCGUAGGGUUUGGUUGAAAUGUCAUGAUGGUUUUGAAUUUCGAAUCAAAUUAAUGUUGCCAUGAGUUUGGUUAAAAAUGUUGCCAGAUUAAUACAAUGAGAACAUUUAUUUUUUUGGAAGUAAAAUUUGUGGGGAUGAUAAUGAAAAAUAAGAAUAUUUGUAUGAAAGGUUAUGAAUAUUAAGUUUUGUGGAUAUUUAUUCACACAUAAGUGAAUAACUUGCCAUUGUAUAUGAAGCAUCUGAAGUACAACUUAUCGAUAUUUAUAUGUAUAUUUAAAUCGCUUUAAAUGCUUUAUAGUGUUUAGAGAUCACUUAUAAUUUAUUUAUAUGAUAAAUAAAUAAAUGAGUCUUAUGUACCAUUCAUAUUAUUUUGUAAGAAGUAACUAGACAUCUAGAUCGUGUGUCAGAAACUAUUCACAUUCAUUUGCCAUGAUCUCAAUAUCUUGACAUUAUAGAUAUUUUAUUUUCUUACUAAAAAUCCUGUCCAUUGUAUUCGCAAACUUAAAAAUAAUAUGUACCUUUGUAAU